AUGGCCUACGACGAGCGUCUCGGGUACGACCCGGACGAGUGGGAGGAGUGCCCCGAGUCGGAGCACUUCCUCGUCUUCUCAGCCUUCACCCGUUACCUGCUCACCGCCGCCGCAAUCGCAUUCGUUUACUAUUUCUUCAAACUUCUCGACGAGCACAAGAAUCCAAGGCAGGAAGUGGAGAAGACGGAAGAAGAGCAGCCGCAAACUACGGUAGAACAAGUGCUGGCUGGAGCCAGUCACAAAUUGCAAGAUGUGAAAGAACACGUGGUAAUAAUUAUCAAAAACCUUCAUUUCUGACAUUUGUUCAUUGUUCCAGCAACAAAUUCCGCAGAACGCUGAAGAUCUGCUGCGUGAAGCGGACCAGUAUCUGAAGCAAACCGUCCAACCAGUUCAGAACAACACCCACCAGCUGGUCGAGAACAAGUUCCCGAGCCUUGAGGUUGACCAUAAUGUCGGGUGAGUGUCUAAUUACUUUUACAAAUGAGUAAGUUCGUUUUUCAGACAUCCAAUCACAGCCACGAAGGAAAAGUUCGACACAGUUCUCUCGGCAGUCGACAAUCAUCUUUAUGAGACGAAAAACAUGGAUUUGUCGCCAAAGUCCAGAGAUUCCACCCAAUUUGAGCAGAUUCCAUCGGUCGCCCAAGAAGAAUUUGCUCAUGAUUUUGAGCAUGUUCCACCGCACCUCAAGAAAGCUGCCGAGCAGUACUAUGCUCAGCAGCAACCGCAGGAUCCACGGCCUCCAGUACCUCAACAUCAAGCACACUUCCAGCAGUCUCAACCCGUUCCAAUCUCUCCGACGGAGCAGAAACUGCUUCAGGAGUUUGAUAUCUACGAUGCUCCAGCCGAUCAGAGAAUCAAUCAAGUCACCGAGCAACUGGGACAGAGACCGCUUCCUUCACAACCUUUCCAACAAGUGCAGCAAUAUCCUCAAGGAGCCUUCCAACAAUUCCAACCACAACCACUGCACAUUCAGGCUGAGCAGUACCCUCCGAACCUUGAUCUUUCGCAACUUUCCCCCGGAACCCGUGCUCUUUACGAGCAACAACAGUUCGUGGACAUCUCUCAGUUGUCUCCAGGAGCCCGUCGCCUCAUUACGGAGCAGCAGGGAGCAUUCCAGCCGGUGGCCAGAAAGUUAACACGAGAGAAGAGGCUCAGCGAGCAGUUAGUUGACGUUUUAUAGCAUUCCAAACGUGUUUUGUUCCAGAGACGAACGUGCUCUUCAAGAUUGGGAGAAGGAGAAGGCUCUGCUCGAAGCAGAUCGCAUCAAGAAACUCCUGGAUCAUGAAGUAGGAGGGGACUCGAACACUGAUCUUUCCAGCUCGCAGAAGGCAUAUGAUCACUUCUCCCCUGCCUCACACAUUUCAUACGAGAGCCAAAGUGCAGGAGCGCAGAUUCAGUGAGUCGAAUGCAAACCCGAUCUUCUGAUAAUCAAAACGAUUUCAGACCACUCACUCCAACUGCUCCGAAACGGGCGGAUCAGAUAGGUGCUCCGGCGAUCACAUCAAUCACAAAGUACGUUUAUUUUCAGUGUUCCUAUAUACAAAAACCAAUCAUCAAUCGAUUACAUAA